UCCUUUUCCUGUUUGGUGUACAGUAACAACAGACUUAUUUUUCUUUUCUCGUUGCUUUCACUUUUACAAGAGUUGCCAAAAGCCGGUCGGCGAAAGCGGCGAACUGGUUGGGGAGGUGGACCGACCGACGGACGCAUUAAAGCGAGAGCGACGGCAUGGAUCGGUGGACGCCCGGGGACUUUUGAUUCAUUCCCCGACCCCUCCUCCGGACGUCCACGAACGCCUCGGCCUGUUCCGGAGGAGGAGGAGGGGCAGCUCCCCACACGUGUCGUCUUGUUUUACCGGAAGGAACAGCCCUAAUUACCGGAAAGCCCUCGCCCUUCUCCCGAACUCGGUGCCUUCCCUCUUCUCGCACCGGGAUGGGAUAGGAGGCGUGCCUUUUCUACAGUCCACAGCAGCAGGUAAGGGGCCUGCUUGAAUGACAAUAAUGCCUUUGGGCUACGACUGGGUGUGGUCACCCCAGCCAUCAAUAAUCACCUUGGUGGAGAAGGGGCCGCCCUCGCUCGCUCGCUCGCUCCCCCUCUCUCUGACAAAAGAAAGCAACUUGACUUUUUGGUAAAUUGGGACAAUGGCUAAAGAGGAAAAACAAAGUAAAAUAAGAAGGCUACGAUUGCCCUUCGCUCAACAAUCUCGCCCGGCGAGACGGGGGAGGGGAAGGGAUGUCAAAAAGGGGAGGACGAACCAGACAGAACCAUCUGUUUCCCCUUAUCUCGGAUGGCCGUUAGGCCCCCACGGCCUCCUCAGCCCUCUCCCUGCUGAUACAUACAACCGGAGCCUGCUUCCGCGAUUCUUCACUUCAUCACCUCAUCGCUUCUCAGUCUGCCAUCUCCGACGUGAUGCGCCAAUGAAUCAACACGUCAUAUGCACAAAAUGCAUUGAAGCUCAGGGAGCGGAAACUCCCUAAUCCUCCCUGCCCGUUCCUUGUCGUCCUCCAACGCCCCUUGGACAGAGGAAGGGAAAGAGAGAGAGAGAGAGAAGCAAAAUGUGGAGGCACGUAUUCCGGUUACGAGGUCUCUCGACCAUCAUCGCGCGGUCGAUGCCCGCCCCAUCCUCCAGAACCUCCGUCUUUCCCCAGCCUACCCAUCCAUUCUUUAGACCCGCCUUCUUCUCGAGCGGCGCAUCCUCUUCUUCUCCUCCAGAAGACGGUCCUGCUGCUGCUCCCAUAUCAUUCGCCGAGGCGAAGAAGCUCCUGAGGUUGGUCAACGUCGAGGCCCUGAAGAAGCGAUUAGAGAUGGAAGGGCAGGAGGUGAUCGAUUAUCCCCACCUGCUGAAGGAGUGCGAGAGCUUGGGUGUCGCGAGAUCCGCAGAGGAGGCAGCCGCAUUAGCCAAGGUGUUGGAUGAGGCGGGCGUCGUCCUUCUUUUCAGAGAUAAAGUCUACCUCCACCCUGACAAGGUUGCCGAACUUGUGAGUAGGGCAAUGCCUUUGGCUUUGACUCCAGCAGAUGACCCUAGGCGGGAAGAGUUGAAGAAGCUACACAAAACGAAGGAAGAAAUAGACAUGCUUGCGCACAGACAGGUGAGGCGAAUAUUGUGGACAGGGUUAGGCUUCUUCGUCCUUCAGGUUGGCCUAUUUUUCCGCUUGACAUUCUGGGAAUUCUCUUGGGAUGUUAUGGAACCAAUUGCCUUCUUCACUACCACAGCUGGAUUGCUUAUAGGUUAUGCUUACUUCCUCUUCACAUCAAGGGAUCCGACAUACCAAGAUCUCAUGAAGAGGCUUUUUCUUUCACGUCAGAGGAAGAUUUUUAAGAAGCGAAACUUUGAUAUUGAUCGGUUCAACGAAUUACAGAGGCAGCUGAAAUCUCCCCUUGAAUGUAUUAGAGAGGUAGAGAUGAUUAUAAGAGGUUGAUAAGUGAUAACCAAUGAAGUUUUCCCUUUCAGCUGCCGUGAUUGUAUCUUUCCAUUGACUUGCAGAUAUCCAUAUGUUUUUGUUACCUUUUUGCCUGUGGUGGGUUUAUUUAGCCUGGUAACUAUGAUUAUGUACUGGUAUAGCUAUUGACAGCUCUAAUGGUCGCCACCGUUCCAUUUACCGACUCUUAGUGUACGUGUAUAGGCAAUGAACGGCAAUGUUGCCUGGUGAUUCAGUUUUAA